AUGCGACGACCAAAGAUUUCCGAGCCUAAACCCCUCGUUGUCUCAUCACAGAUUGCAGAUGACCAUGGCAGCGAGCGAAAGGCACGAUCAAAUUCCUGGGUCGAACACCUGCUCUUUUUCCUUCUCAUAAUUCCCUUGACCUUGAGCAUUCUCCUAGUAUACAGCGAUACUACGCGGUGGCACCUUCCAGACAACCUCUACGUGUUUGUGAAUACAUAUCGAACAUCCGUGCAGACGGCGGUUCAGAUUCUUGGUGCAAUACUCGCUGCCAUUGAGGUUUUCGCAAUUUGUCGCUUGAUUAACCUCACAACUCGGAUUCGGUUUACCAAGGCUCCAGUUUCUCUCAAUGUGCUAGGCUUUUGGUCCGCUCUCUCCACACCCACGAACAACUUCUGCCUCCCUUUCUGGAUGAUCUUCGCUACAAUCCUAUUCGGAAAUAUGUCCGCCAUCAUAUCAGCACUAUGGACAGGUGCUUUGACACCGGCAGACGCUGUCGGCAGCUACGACUCUACGCUGCUCAUACCUGAUUGGUCGAACAUUAGUUUGAUCAAGGAAUAUCCCGGCCAGAUUGACAAGACAGGCUUGACAAUUCGUGAGACAAAGGGCUACUUCACCUAUUCCGUGGGAUUAGGCAUGUUGGGCUCAUUGCUCUCUUCCAUUAACUCCGCUUCGCCGAUUCAUGGCGGUGUCCGCGACCACCCCAAGUUGGACAAUAGCCGCUACAACUAUCAUGGUCGAUCUUACGGAGUAGGGGCAAGCGCUGGAAUCUCCGAUGAUAAUCUCGUCGCUAUUUCCCAUGCCAACAAUUAUACCUUCAACGAAAUAGGACUUGAUGCCUCUACUGAGUGUAUCUACAACACCAGCUCGCUAUUCCGCCUCCAGGUCCUACCUCAGACCACACUAUAUGCAGCUCGAGGUCUGCUUCCCGAUAACAACCUCACCGAACCAGAAUACUCAGUCUACAUUGGCCGGGGAAGUGAUGCAAUCGUGGCGAUGGGAGUGGCAGCAUACCCAAGCGAGUAUACAGCAAAGCGCUAUAUGGCAAUCACUGCGGGAAAUUACUACAAAGAAUUGAACCAGGUCCAGUGCGCCGUUACCUUCACUCCGGCCAUGUUCAAUGUCUCUGUCGAUAUACGAGGGCGCAAUAUCACCGUAAACAAAGUCAACGCAUCAGAUGCCCCACAGCCGAUACAUAACAUUGAUCCACACCACAACAUAACCCACGUUGUUAUGCGCCAGCUUGAGCUCAUCGCCAAUGAUUUGACAAGUUACUAUCGUUCCACCCUCGGCGAUGCCUUCAAUGCAAGUAUCAGUGAUUACCGCACCUCCGUGACCAGUGGAAAUCUUUCAGAGACUCAGAUUGUCAUGAAGGGAAUGGAAAAUGCAGUGACAUCUCUGGUUGACGACUUGCUGGUUGGAUAUGCCUCCGCCCAACUAGUUGUUGGGCAAUUCAGUCAAAAAACGCACGCAACGGUGCAGGUCUCUGCGCUGCGUGUUGGAUCGCGACCAUACGUCGUGACCAGCGCAGUGAUCACGGGUCUGAUUGCGCUCCUCGUUCUCGGCGAAGGACUUCGUAUGCGAUGGUGGAAAGGGUUGCCGGCUUUUGAUUAUCAAGAUAACCGGGCGUUGAUUGUGGCAGCAUCGAGGGGUGGAAAGGCUGUUGCGGAGUACGCAGAGCGAUUGGAAUGUAAAGACCUGGGAAGAGUACCUGUGAUUUGGAGGAAAGAACAAGACACCUGGGAUCAUGGUGAAAUUGUUUUUCAGCCUAUGUUGGAUUACUCGAAAGAGGACAUGGAAGACGCAGAGUGGGAUAAACGGUCUGCUGGAUGGAUAUAA